AGCCCAGAGCAGCCAGCACAGAGCACGUGUCUGAUAUCCAGAGUGAGGAAGCUGGAGAAUUUAAGGAGGAAAGUAGAGCUUUGGAGUCUGUGUUCCUGCAUCUCAUUUUUGAUGGUGUACAUAUUAUCUUGCCUUGUUUUGGCACCGGGCAGUAUGGAUUUACAACCAAACUGUUGGUCUGCAGCUGCACCAUCUGUUAAUCAGAGUGGAACUUGUACAUACAGAUCUGUGGAUCACUUCUGUUGGACAAAGUAGGCUGAUUCUUUAAGCUUGUUCCUUUCCAAAUAAGAAUUAUGUGGUUUAAAGUUCCUUUGAAAUACAGAAACAACUGAGUUGCGUGCAGUUUGUUUUGUUAACUUUAUUACAGUUGUACAGUCUCAGUCUUAAAAGUAUCCAGAGUCUUAAGAAGAAAGGUGGUUUUUGUGUGUGUGGGUUUUUUUUCCUAGAACUUCUGUUUUUUCUCUUUUAGUCUUCAGGGGAUUUCAGAUUGUGUAAGCAUCAUAAAAAAUAAAAAGGGAGUUGAUGCUGCAGUGGCAGUGUGUGCUCUCGAAGGGGCUGGGAUGGACACUGAAAGGAAAUUCUCAGAACAGGGAGGAAUAUGUUGGGCACAGGCAGGGGGAAAGGCAUUUCCAUGCUCCUGAGGCUUCUGGUGAGAAGGCAGAAGGGAAGUGCUGAUGCUGAUCCCUGUUGAAGUGUGCCUUGCCCGGGAGCUCAUGGUGGAGCCUGCGUUUUUGCCAGGGAGAAACGUGAGGUGUCAGCACACAGAAGUAUGCACUGCUUGGGCUCUGUUUCCAUGAGCUGGUGCCUUCUGCCCCCGAGGUGGUGGCUGUGAUAAGGCAGGGAAGCAGUUACUUUUCCUGAAGGCAUUUCUCCUCCCUUUCACAUUCCUUUCUCCUUGCAGUCAGUCCGCUACACAUGCAACCAGUGAUUCCAUGGCACCUUCUACUUAAGUAUGUCUCAUACAUUGAGUGGAUUAGCACCCAGUGUGAUGAAGAGCAGUGUCUGGUAGUCAACUGCAAUCCAGAGAGAACCCCUCCAGCUUUGACUGCCUGCCCUCCAGUGGGGGGGGGGGGGGGGGGGGUGUAAGAUGGGAUGUAGGGCACAUUGGAGACUGCUGGUUUGGGAUGAAGUGGUGAGCUCUGGAUGCUGGCUGGAGCCUGAAAUGCAUAGCAUGGAGGUGCACAGCUUUCCAUUUUGGUUGUUCCCUAUGCCCUUUCAGCCCAAGGGCUACCUGGCUUCCAGGGCAGCAGUUAUUGCAGUUCUUUUCUUUCAGAAGCAAACAAGAACGAGGCUGUGCUUAAGCUUCUACUUCUUGUCUCUUUGCUCUCUGCCUGUUUGUAUAUGUAUGGAUAUGUAUAUUCCUUCUAACUUUGAUAUCAAAUUGUUUUCAGUUACCCCAGGCUGCUUCCCUGUGUCUUAUCGACAGCAGAUUGAAAAGCUCUGCUGUGGCCAAGAGAUAGCUUGCACAAAGAGCUGAUUUCAUUUUAUCUGCUUUGCUAUGUUCCAGGGUACCAUUCCCUACUUCAUUUUUGCAUUCGUUUACAGCUCUGUAUAUAAACUUUGCUAGAUGAUGAUCUGAGAUGAAAAGGAACAUUUCAAAAUUAGCUGUUCUCCAGCAGAGCGCGUGAUGGGAAGCAUUAAGUGUUUUGUUACAGUGCAUGUAAAUCCUUUUAUUGCUGGAACGCAGGAGCUCAUACCAAUGAGUUCCCACUAUUAUCCACCAUUCCUGGCCUAUAUUAUCCACUGUUUCUGGCCAGGGCUCUCCAGACUGUUUCUGAAUUGACUCUUCAGUAAGCAGGGUGAAGGAUGGGCUGCUGAAUGGUUGCAGUGUGUGUUGUUCUGCAGGGUUAAUGUUAAUGCUGCAGUGGUGUUUUCUGGAACAAGUUAACAGCUCCAAAGUACUGGUUGUGUUCUUAGACCAGUGUUUGAGAGUGCACGUUCAAUUUGGCUAACUGUCCUGUUAAUAUGAAAGAUGUGUUAUUAAUUAAAAGCAUAACUAUUCACUCUGUACAGUUAUCUGAUUUGUAUGAUUUAGACAAGGUGGGAUGUAGAGAAGCUACAGAGUGUUUUGGGAAGAGCCGGAUGUGUGAGCUGCUGAUAGAAGGUAUUUCCUGGAGAUGAGUUUUAGAACACAAAUUUAGAGAAUAACUUGGCAAAGUAUUCCAAGUGAAGGAAUGUCAUGUCUUGAUCUCUGUGUGGGGUUCACUCUGCUGCUGUCACUGCAGUGAACAUGGGAGUCCUUCUCAGCAUCAGGUGGUGCAUGGUUUGAGUCCUGCAGCAGAUCCAGGGAUAACCAUGAAGCCUUCAGUAUUUCCUCUGUAAGUCCUUUCUUGUGGUCCAGAUCUGUUCCUACUGGGGGUGCAGUAGCUCAUCAGUGGGUGCUGAGCCUCUGAUCUAGGAGCAGUUGGUGCCACAAGAAUCCCUGCUGUCAGCUGGCUGGCAGGGCAGUGGAAGGCAGGCAGGGUGGUUCAGUAGGCAGCAGGAGCGUUGUCUUGGUGCAGAUCUGUGCUGCUCUCAGAAGCAGGUGGGUUCUAUUUGGACCAGCUCCUCUUUGGGAGACUGGUUUGCUGUGACUUCCCCUGAAAUGUGAGCCAGUGGUUGAGCAACACGGGGCCGUGGAAUUCUGUUUAAGCAUGUGUGCCUGCAUGGCAGAAAUUACCAAACCUCCUGCGUCACAUUGCAUUUCAGUCAUGUGAAUCAGCAAUUCAAACCACAAAUUACGAGGGCAUACAGCUGGAGAACCGCUGCUCCAGGAGCGAGGCUGCCUUGUGCUUUUCAUAGUGCUGUGUGCAUUUUUGAUGCUUCCUCUUGAUAGCGUGGGUUGCUGAUACCCUGCAGCACCAUCAGAUAUUAGGUGGGUGUGUUUUACCACACUAGGAAAUAAUUUACCUUACUCUCCGUGUCCUGAGUUCUUUUUUUCCUUCCUUUCCUUCUCAGUUCAGCAUCUAUUUGAAAUGUAGUGUAGAUACAUUACUGCUUUAUCCAGCAGAGUCCCAUAUCAGCUUGAAUUAGCUUGUAUUUUCACAGCAAAUCUCUAGCAAUUAACUGGAACUUUUAGAAGCUCUUUGUAGGUGGGGUUAACAGGUGAUUAUUCAAUUAAAGCAGAGGUGUUAAGACUUGCUUCUCUGAGUCAUAGUAGCAGGAACCUGAAGCUUGGCAAGAAGUGUGGGAUAAGGUCAUUUGUCCUGGGUUUGGGUUGGUCUCCUUGGGCCCUUCUACAGAGCAAAGACUGAAGCUGCGUAUCUGAGGAGUUGGAGGUUGCUUGCAUUCUUGGUUUUCCAGAGCCUUGAGCACAUGGAGGAACAGAUUUUGCAAAGCCUCCAGUAAAUGAACCGCGGGAAUCGGAACAAUUCCUAAUGCAGGCACCCCCGGGAAAUCCACUGCUGCUUCCCCAUACCCUGCAAGAGCUAUUGAGCAAGGAUAGCGUGCAGGUGGAGCUUAUACCUGAGAAGAAGGGCCUUUUUCUGAAACAUGUGGAAUAUGAAGUUUCCAGCAAGAGAUUCAAAUGCUCCGUCUAUAGGCGGUAUAAUGAUUUUGUGGUGUUCCAUGAGAUGCUGCUGCAGAAGUUCCCAUAUCGUAUGGUGCCAGCACUUCCACCAAAGAGGAUGCUGGGAGCUGAUCGAGAAUUCAUAGAAUCAAGGAGGAGAGCUCUGAAGCGCUUUAUAAACCUGGUGGCUCGACAUCCUCCCUUCUCAGAAGAUGUGCUCUUGAAGCUCUUUCUGUCAUUCAGUGGCUCAGAUGUACAGAAUAAACUAAGAGAGUUGGUCCAGGGAGUGGGAGAUGAAUUUCUGACCUGCAGAUUGGCCACCCAGGCCAAGGACUUCCUCCCAGCUGACAUACAGGCCCAGUUUGCUGCCAGCAGGGAGCUCAUCCGGAAUAUUUAUAACAGCUUCUACAAGCUCCGGGACCGUGCAGAGAGGAUAGCAUCUCGAGCCAUUGAUAAUGCCUCAGAUCUUCUCAUAUUUGGAAAGGAACUAAGUGCUUUGGGCUCAGACACUACACCGCUUCCUUCCUGGGCUGCUUUGAAUAACAGCACGUGGGGGACUUUGAAACAGGCCUUGAAGGGUCUGUCUGUUGAAUUUGCACUUCUGGCAGAUAAGGCUGUGCAGCAGGGUAAACAGGAAGAGAAUGAUGUGGUGGAGAAGCUGAACCUUUUCCUGGAUUUACUCCAGUCCUAUAAAGACCUGUGUGAAAGACAUGAGAAGGGGGUACUGCACAAGCACCAGCGAGCAUUGCAUAAGUACAGCAUGAUGAAGAAACAGAUGAUGAGUGCCACAGUGCAGAACAAAGAGCCAGAAUCAGUGGAGCAACUGGAAUCUCGAAUUGUGGAGCAAGAAAACGCCAUCCUAACUAUGGAGCUUCGGAAUUACUUCUCUUUGUAUUGCCUGCAUCAGGAGACACAGCUCAUCCACAUCUAUCUGCCUCUCACAUCUCACAUCUUGGGGGCCUUUGUCAAUUCCCAGAUCCAGGGUCACAAAGAGAUGAGUAAAGUUUGGAAUGAAUUGAAGCCGAAGUUGAGCUGCCUCUUUGUGGGAUCUAGCAAUAUGCCAACUCCACCAUUGUCACCUCCAGAUGGAAACUUCUUUUCCAAUUAAUACUCCGAGCACCUACCGUGAGCAAGAAGUGCAAUCAAGGGAGGGGUCGGACCUCUACCUCCAGAUGUUAGAAUGAAUCCUCCAAACAGCUUUUUUUUUUCUUUUUAAAUACUGCUGCUUUGAGCUGCUCUCUGAUUUAGACAGACUGGAUGUGGGGCAGAACACACAGAUAAAAAGAUAGUCUUAAUUUUGGAAUGCUCUAGGGCAGAGCUGACUUUGGUUAUCUUGCAGACAGUCUUUGUGGGGUCAGGAUGUGGCAUGGUGCAGUAGGUGCUGCAGUGUUAUUGCUGAUGCCUCAGCAUUUUGUACGAACUGUCCUUCAAGAAGGCUUAUCUGUACUCAUGCUGAGAAGCUUCUAAAGUGCUGAGAUAAACAGGGUAUCUGAAGCACUUGCUUGUAGAGAAAAUAUGGAUUUCCUUUUAAGUUUGGGAGGGACCUGUGUUACAGGCGUAUGAGGAAAAGGAAAGCUGAAAGCCAUCCCAUUGGUAGUUGGCUGGAUUUGAUUUCUUACUGUUAAACCUUAAAGCAAAAAUACAUGAACAAAGUGUCCAGGUUCACUAUAACCUCAUUGGGUGCAGGACAGUGCUGCUGUAGCACAGUGGCUUUCCCGUGGAGGCUCAGCACAGUGUUUGUCAGUGUUGAUUCAGUUCAUAGUGGCAGGGCAGCCUGGGGACUUCCUCAUCUGACUCAGUCUGGAGCCAAAGAUGACUGGGUUGGGGAACCUAGAGGAGUUUGCCUGGCAUAAAUGGGAAUGUAAUUGAAUGAGACACUCCUUAACUGUAAUCCACUUGUGUUAUCCAAGCUGGACAGCUGCAGCAGAGAUGUUUAAUUUCUCCUGGAGGUUCUGACAUCCAUCUGCUGAGUUGCUGUUCAGGACUGUGGGAGAGCUGUGACCCCAAGGCUGGCCUUUCCUCUGCUCUAGUAUGAAAUGAAGGAUCCUGGCACACUGGCUGGGACACGGUGCUGAUAAAAUGAUUAGCAGCAAUCAGUAUUUAUCGGGUAUUACUGCAGUUGUCUUUUCUAGCUCUGGAUAGCACCAGAGUGUGUGAAGAGAAGGUAAUGUCAGCGACAGUUCUUUCUCUCUAGAAAUAGCACAGCCCUCAGUAAUGGGGUUUUCAGGAUGAUAUCUGAUAGUGAUAAAGGGACUAAUUAUUCUCCAUGUCUCACUUUGUAUCUCCAGUGACUUUCCCUCUAGAGGCGAAUGGCAGGGAGAGAACUUGUGUGUCACGUUACUUUAGGGGGAGUUUUAUCCUCUAGAGAAAGCGAUAAGUGAAGAAACUGUACAUGUAUACAACAAAACUCAACGUGAUCAGGACUCCCCUGAACCUGUCUUCUGUGGGACCAAGUGAGCUGCCAAAGGGGAGCUUGACACUUGGCUUCUUACUUUUUUCUUCUCUUGGUAGAAAGGAAGCACAUUAUCAAGGGUGAAUGCUCACUGUUAAACUGGAACUGUUACAGUAUUUUCCCUUUGGGGAACUUCCUCAGUAGCAGGAAAUAGAUUUAAAUCUUCCCAUCACAAAAGGCUUUUUUUUUGUGUGUCUUUUAUUUAGAAAAUUAAAUGUAAUAUGAGAUCUUCCUCAACCAGGUGGAAAUUAUGGGUUAGAUUCUUCAAGAGCAAGAUAAUAAGCUAUUUGCCCAGUUUCAUAUCCCCAUUUCCCCUCCCCCCCCUCGUAUGAGGGAAAGUGCACUUUGUGGGUGCCAGUUUAGGGGUGCUGGGCCUUAAGGAGUGUGUAGGGUGUCUCGUUUAACAACCUUGUUCAGAAUACACUAUCAAGAGGUUUUUAUAGCAAUUCAAAUGUUAACUCUCUUCUGAGUCUUUCCUCCUAUGUACUACCCUGAUCCAUUAACUGCAAACGGCUGUGACAGAUCUCUCCUGAAGAUUUCCAAAGUGAUGUAGAAGAGAUUCUGUUUGCAAACCAGAGCAAAACUGGUUGGGAAGGGAAAUGUUUCUACAGUAAAAUAGCAAAUAAGGCAUCUCAAGAAUGGCACAAAAGGGGCAUGUAGGGUUGGUUUGUUUGGGUUCUUUUCCCCUUCCCUUGGUUGACCUUGUCUUGACUGGGAACAUAGUAAGUGUAAAAAACACUUAACCAUAUUCUUAAAUGUUCCAAUUCCUGCCACCUUUAGAAGAUGUUGGCUGGCUAUAGACAGUGACUUGUUUUGUCUUGGUACCCAUCCUCCUUUAUUAAGCUUUGUUUGUUGAAGUGGUGAGCAGUCAAAUUGAGAAAAUGCUGUCUGCCAGAGGAAGAUCUGGUCUGACUGGGGUGUGCUCUGUGAGCUUGUACUUGGCAAGUUCUCUGGAAUGAACCACUGCACUUUUCAGUUGGGGCAGGAGAAAGAAAAGUGUGAUUUCAGAUUUUAAAAACAAAAGAAAAAGCCCACAAAAAGAAUGGAGUUUGCUGUUCUUCCAAGCAGGAAUUCUCUAAUGCAGAUGUACAGACUGCUAUACAUAUGCACAGACCACACAACCUCUAAAGAAACUGGAAUUAUGUUACUUGAGAAAACACUCGUUAUUACAUUGUCAGCUGUUGUCUUUUUGAGGACAGCAGUUUUGGGGUGGGAUUUUCUUGUUUUGCUUUUUUUUUUACUUUAUUCACCUAUUUUGAAAACAAAAGGCUGGUAUCCUCACAGCUGAUACAGCUAGUGGCACUUGCAGAGUUAAUUUCAUACCAAACUGUCAAGCUCCUGUCCAGAGUUUAAUACAACCCUUCAUUUUCAAACCUUCAGUUUGGGAAAGUGACCAGUGUGCAAACAGCAGUAUCAUAUUUACUUCAGUAGCUGAGGGAUUUCUUUACUGUUUUGGUCCUGCUGAGAGAUGUGUCAGACCUGCACACUACAGGGUCCUUGCUCUAGAGGAAUGCAGCAGGGAAUCAACUGAGUUGUCAGUUCUCUAUCUACCCUAGUUACAAUGUAUGGGGGACAGAACUAGUUGUCUCUGUGCUGUUGUGACAGUUUGCUGCAGUAGACUACCUACAAGGGUGAGAACAAGACUUCAGUUGUUGGUUCCAUUGCUGUAGCUGGGUAGAUUGCAAUAAGCACUGGGCAAACCAUAAGACUAACUGAAGAGCAUGUGCUGCCUAUUGAAGUACAGCUGCUCCUGUAAGAUGUUGCACCAAAGAGUUAAUGUGCCUUCUUGAGUGGAAGCUUUCUGUUGUAGUGCUGGAGCUUAUGGUGACUCUCGUGUUUAAAAUAACAAUGAUAGAAAAGGCCUUCAGUCUUUCUGUCUGUGUCUCAAAUAUCAUGGAGGUAUCAGGGUAGUAAACAGUGGGGACCUGGAAAACUGUCUUAUCAGAAGGGCUAUGUUUUUGUCACUCCUAAGGUCACCUCUGCUCUAAGCUGUGGCUGGUACUACACAGGCUUUUUGACCAACACUGUAUGUGGAAAAGCUUUCCAAAUGACUAGAUUUACAAUACAACCUUGAUCUCUGUUUCUUUUCCUCUUUCCCUUUUCUUUGAAAGCUGCUCUUUGUAAUGUUUCCAACAGUGCCUUGCUGCAUUCCUGGGCUUUUACUCUUCUACUCUGAUCACACAGGAGUGCAGUUCCUGGCAUUUUUAACAGACUAAUUCACGGUCUCCACUUUCUGCUGCUCCUAAAAGACAAACUACUAGCUGGGGAUGUAAGCAGUCUCCACACCUGCAGCACAAGCAAUAGUCACUACUCAGUGUUAUGAAGCAAAAACUCAGUGCUGGUGAAAGCACCGUCAUAAAGGGAUUGAACUGACUGCAGAAUGGGGGAUAACAAAUGCAAGUGCAGGCCUGAGCUGUGCUUCUUUUCUUAUCUCCAUUCCCAGAGCAAGAGAAAGUAAUUUGUUCACUCUUGAUUUACAGUUUCCAGCAGGAAAGAAAUUGGGAUACUGUAAGAGGUAUCAGCUGCCAGUCACUCCCUUUCCUACCAUGCAGUAAGGCUUUACAUCCCAUUACUUACAACCUAACCUUUGUGCUUACUUUCCCUUCCUUGCCUCAAGCCAUUCUCUGAACUAGAACAGCCAGAAAUUCAUACUGCUAUGUCAGAAACACAGGUGAGUAUCAAAAGCUUUGUAAAUAAGUCAUUGUGCAGCACAAAAGGAGAAGAGUAUAAGAUAGAUAAAGCCUAUAAUUAAGUCUGAGUUGUGGCUUAUGGAGCAGAUGAAGCAGGACAUUUUUUGUGACGUGAGUGAUUCAGAAUUGCAGGGAGGAGAUGAGAAGAAACAAUCUUGUUCAGAGGGUAUGAAUUUUGCCUGCCUGGAAUAUCCUGUAUCUUUGCUUUGCUCAAAUAGCCUUAUGUAUGAAGCACUUUAUCUAAUGCAGGAAUUAAAGACCUAUUACUACAGCUGGUAGACUGGAAAUGUUUACAGAUCCUAUAUGACAUUCCAAGAUUAUGUUACGUGUGUUUGUAAAAAUGUUUAAAGAAAACAAAAGACCUUCUAUAAAGUUGCAUAUGUGAUAUUUCCA